ACUCGCCUCCAUUUGGCCCUUCUGCAGACGGGCUCUGCUUAUCCCUGCACUCCAAUAUGAAACCCACCACCAUGGCGAUCCUGCUGCUUCUCUUGGCUGCAUUCCCUGUCCUGGGGGCCAAUGAUCCUACUGAUCCAAACAGCCCCUUUUAUUACGACUGGUACUCGCUGCGUGUUGGCGGUUUGAUCGUUGCUGGUGUACUCUGUUUUCUGGGAAUUGUUAUCCUGCUGAGUGGAAAGUGCAAAUGCAAACCUAAGAGGAAAAACAGUGUGCACACCAUGCAAAAGCUCCCGCUUGCAGGAGAAACCAGUGAAUGCUAAGUGAAGAUAAUGACUGCUCCCACUAACAUACCGGCCAUACCUGACUCCUCUCUCAAUUGAUGUAACACACUGGAUCUUUCAA